AUGGUUGUUCCAUGGUGGAAUGCGACGUGUGCCACGGCCCUCAAAAUUCGAAACCUGUCAUCCAAAAUCCUGCCUGCCUCAUUGCUCGACUCCUUCAUGAACCAGAAGCACUUUGAUGUCCCCCCACUCCAAUUCCCCGAGGUCGGAAGCCUGGUUCCUCAACUACUACAUGUAGGCAUCACCCCGGAUAACGCUAACUUCCUGAACCACGAGUUCUCCUGCACUCUCCAAAGGCUGGAUGAAUCACUAUCCAAGUCCUACCAAGCCGACGCCCUGAAGUUUAGAGAAAAUGCUGCGUUUCCCAAUUCGCGAUCGUCCUUCGUCCAAGCCUUACAUGAUCAUCAUCACAGGCUGCGAGCUCAGUUCGUGCAAAAACUCCUGACCACCUUACAAUCUCGAGUCGACAUUCUCCUCCAACAAUCCAGAUCGGCCCAAUCAGCUCCCCAGUCUAGUCCUCCAUCGUCAUCCGCAUCUACCUCAAGUGGUACACCAUCAUCAUCCGGCCCUGUCAAGUCCGCCGGCAAACCCAGAGGCCGAGCGCCGAAAUUCACCAAGGAGCAAACCGCCGCGCUCAAUGCUCUACUAGCCCGCGACAACCAAUUCUCCUCGGAAGAAAAAGAUCUCAUCGCCUACGAGCUGAAGAUGACCCGCGAGCAAGUAAACCGAUGGUUCUGCAAUGCGCGUGCACGCAAGAAACCAUACUCGUGCCCCUCCCGUCAGUCCGCCGCACCCGCCAUGAAGAGCUUGGCGAGCAACACCAGCUCGCCCGCUCCGAUCGUCUCGACCUCACCACCAGCCGAACAAAUCCAGUCCCCAGAGCGGCCGAGCACCGGCUCAUCGGAAGACACGGACAUGAUCUUCUUGACGUCGGCCUCAUCCUCAUCGGCGUCGUCGUCAGAAGGAGAAGACGAGGACGAGCCGAUGAACGCUUACCUCGAUUUCUCGGCCUGCCCCGAGUCGUGGCCGCAACAGCACCUCGCACCCCUCCCGCCCGUGUCUUUCGACUUCGGCGCCCUCCAAUCCUCUUGCGCUUUCCUCGCUCCUACUCCCGCAUCGGCUGACGACCUGCAGCGCUGGAAUCCUCAGGCACAGACUCCCAACUUCCAGUCCUUCGCUUGUUGA